AUGAGCAGCGUGGCUAUAUUUUCGGCGUUCAUGUUCACAAACGGGACUUACUGUAACCUGCAAAGCAGCAUUUCAGCAUCAAGCAGGAGAGUUCGAGAUGUUCUGGUCAUAGCAGUAAGCACAGAAGCUGCAGUUCGGUGUGGUCUGUAUGGUGAAUAUGUCCUCACUCCUCUACAGGACUGUAUAGUCCUGAAGGAUCUGAAAUCGAAGCAAGUGCUUUUUAAAUGGCCGUACUGCUAUGUAAGGAAGUUUGGACAAGAUACGCUGUCUUUCUCCUUUGAGGCUGGCCGCAGAUGUGAGUCCGGAGAAGGGAAUUUCGAGUUUGCAACCCAUCAGGGUGAAAGACUGUUCAAUGCUGUCAGUGCAGCCAUCCAGAAUCUACCCAGACCAUCCGAAACGAAACCUAUCAGCCUUGACCAAGCAGAACAAACUAGAGCUCAAGAAACCACGGCUGGAACAUACAACGACACCAUAGGAAGUCAACCGUAUGACUUUUUACUUGAGGGCAAGACGCAGAAACCAUCAAAAAUGCUCAACCCAGCUAGAAGGAGCUUUUCUUUGAACUCAAUAGAGCCACAGAUCGAAAGUCAAGAGAUAAGCGACAACUUCAACCCUGAGAAUCAGGAACCAGUCUACGCCAGAGUGUCAAAAACUCAGCAAAAAACCACUUCCCCGACCAACUCUCAAAUGCACUGGCAAAACUUGAGAACAGCUCUCCAGCAGUCUGCGUUUCUAACAGAUGCUUUUAAAAGCGACCCCGAUGUUUUGCCUGAUUUACCAAUUUCUUGGGAUGGCUAUGAAGAGACAGAGAUAUCUGAAGAUUGCAUCGAUUUUUUGGGUGACUCCAUCCAGCAAUUAGCAAUUAAUGACGCAUUGCAGACCACCAGUGAAGAAGCCAUUUAUGCAGAUCCACAGGAUGUCCAGGACGACGCUGAGUGGGAUGUCAGUGGUGUGUACGAUGAACCAGAGGAGCUCAUGAUGGCUAAUCAGAGAGCUCACGAUGGGGCAAAUCACCUAGCCGAGCAGGACUUCUUCUACAGUCCUGACACGAGUGAAACACAGGCCACACACUCUCCCUCUGAUCUAGCUGAAAAUUCAGAUGCCAUGUUCUCAAUUUAUGACAAUUUCAGAUUGAAGGGGAAGCGAAUGUAAUAUGGCGCUAUUAUUUCUCAAUCUUGCUAAGUAAUUAAUAGUCAAUUACUUGAACUCUGUCUGUAAAUAUACACUCACUGGCCAAUUUAGGUACAUCUUACUAGUACUGUGAUGGACUCUUUUUGCAUUCAGAAAUGCCUUAAUUCUUUGUGCUUUAAAUCUCCAUUUCCAGCACAUCCUAAAAGUGCUCUAUCAGAUUGAGAUCUGUUGAAUGUGAGGCUAUUGGAGUUUAGUAAACUCAUUGUCGGGUUCAAGAAACCAGUUUGAGAUGAUUUGGGCUUGCUUGAAUUAGCAUCACAAAAUUAUGAAAGUCAUCAUGAGGUGGUGUUUUAGGUGUUUACAAGCUAAAACCUGAAAAGUUAUCCACAUGCAUUUUAAAAAAGUUUAAAGCCUACACAAUAUUCUCAAAAUGAUCCACGUUUACACAUUCCCUAGGCCCAAUACUGCCCAGGCCCACUGAAUCAUUCUGGAGGACCAUGUGCACCCAAUAGUUCCAACAUCCUGAAUGUGGUGCCGUGUAUCAGGAUGAUAAUUCCACCAAUACACACAGAAAGACUGGUAACUUGAUGAACUUGAAUGUGAAGUUGAACAUCUUCCAUGGUCUGCACAAUCACAAGAACUAAAUAUUAUCGAGUCACUUUGGGGUGUUUUGGAGGAGCGAGUCAGGAAAUGUUUUCCUCCAUCAGCAUCAUGUAGUGAC